AUGAUUAUAACGAAUGGAAUGUACAGAAGCAUUGAGCAUCGAGCAACAGUAAAUGCUCAGAAAGAAAGACUGUCCAUUGCAACAUUCUAUAGCCCAAAUCAAGAUGGUGUAGUAGGUCCUGCAUCAAGCUUGAUUAAUGAAGAAACACCACCACGAUUCAACAGCAUAGGAGUGAAGGACUACUUCAAAGGCCUAUUUUCUAGAAAACUUGAUGGAAAGUCCUACGUGGAUGUCAUGAGAAAAUAG